GAUCCCGUUUGUUUGAUUUGUACAAGAAUGCACGCUUCUCUUCGUGCGCAAAAUCCUGUAUCUGAUCUAUCUUAUAUCGCAAUAUUGUUGGCUGGAACUGUUGGCUGGCUUGCUGUUGGCUGGCUUAUUGUUGGCUCACUUGACAUAGGCUAAGUUUGUUUCAAAAUGAAUGACAGGAAGCACUCAGUGGAGUAAUCACCAUGUGCAAAUACCCGCGAACUUUCGCGCGCGCCUUGAUGACAUAUGCCAGCCACUGAAUGCCAGUGAUGCUGUUUUCUCUUGUCAUUUCUUGACUCUGCAGUUCUGUACAUUGUUUACGAAUUAAAUCACAUCGAAGGGCUAAUUUAAAAUACAUUAAGACGUCUAAUUAAGAUGGGAAUUCUAAAUCUUUCAAGACUAAUUGCUGACUGUGCUCCAGGAGCAGUGAAAGAACAUGAAUUUAAAAGUUAUUUUGGCCGUAAAGUUGCCAUUGAUGCUUCUAUGUGCAUUUACCAAUUCUUGAUUGCUGUACGUCAGGAUGGGUCUGUACUUACAAAUGAAGAAGGUGAAACUACAAGCCACCUUAUGGGAAUGUUUUAUCGUACUAUCAGGAUGAUUGAGAAUGGACUGAAACCUUGCUAUGUGUUCGAUGGGAAGCCUCCCGAAAUGAAAUCUGGAGAACUGACAAAGAGGAGGGAGAUGAGAGCAGAGGCUGAGAAGGAGCUGGAGAAGGCCAAGGAGCAAGGAGACCAGGAGAAUGUCAAUAAAUUUGAAAAACGAUUGGUGAAGGUUACCAAGCAACACAAUGAGGAGUGUCAGCACCUCCUCAAGCUCAUGGGUAUCCCUUUUGUUAAGGCACCAGGAGAAGCAGAAGCACAAUGCUGUGAACUCGUGAAGAAAGGCAAAGUGUAUGGGGUAGGCACUGAAGACAUGGAUGCAUUGACGUUUGGUGGCAAUGUUCUACUCAGACAUCUGACAGCCAGUGAAGCAAGGAAAUUGCCUGUUCAAGAGUUCAACUACCAAAGAGUUUUAGAGGGUCUCGGCAUGGACAGACAACAGUUCAUUGAUCUGUGUAUACUUAUGGGCUGUGAUUACUGUGGUACUAUAAGAGGUAUUGGUAUGAAGCGAGCCUACGACCUUGUAAAGACGCAUGGCAACAUUGAGACAAUCCUACAGAAGAUAGACCAAAAUAAAUACCCUCCCCCAGAGGACUGGCUUUUCAAGGAAGCAAGAGAACUCUUCCUGUCUCCGGACAUCACUCCUGCUGAAGAAUUGGAUCUCAAGUGGACAGCACCUGAUGAAGAAGCUCUUGUUUCCUUUAUGUGUACAGAAAAGGGAUUCAAUGAGGACAGGAUGAGGAAUGGAUGCAAGAAAUUGAUUAAAGCAAGAACAGGAGCAACUCAAGGAAGGUUGGAUUCAUUCUUUGCCCCCAAACCUUCUGCUUCACCGGCUGGUGGUAAGAGAAAGUCUGAACCAUUAAAGGGAGCGGCACAGAAGAAGGCCAAGAAAGCUGGAGGAAAAUUUAAAGCAAAAUAGAAGAUCCGAUGAGCAAUCCUUCCUUCUAGUCCAAGUACAUGUACCAGAGAAUUUGGUUUGUCUUAUCUCAACAACCUACCAAGUUCUGACUUGUGAAGAGGACCAUGUUUGAAGUCGACAAGACAUAAUCACAGAGUAAUCUAUGUUCUUUGAAAGCAUGUUUGCAAGGAGUAAUCUGAAGUUGAUGAACAGAUCUUAGGUGCUUGAAAUAUUAAGAUGAAUUCUUGAUGGCCUUAACACUAUUCUGUGGUCAGGGGAGCAUUCCAUAAAACAAAUAAGGCAGUGACUUUCACCGACUAGUGUUAUAAGCUACUGAAAUCAUUUCAUCUGAUUGGCUCAGAGCAAUUUUGUCAUAGAAAAUCACUGUCAGGGUGUUUUAUGAAACACUCCUAGUGUUGAUUUGAUAAAAAAAAUUAACUCCCCUCACCCUGGUAACCAUUAGAAAUAAAUUCUUAUUAACUAUGAUGUAUCUAUCACCUUGAAUCCAGAAGCAUGUAUUGUCAUAUUCUUUUGCAUAUGAUUGCGACUAAGUGGUCCAAAAUGUCCAAUGCUGAUGCACGCUUUUGUCAGUGUUGCCAUGGUUGAGCAUGCUACUUUAUUUAUUCAUGAGUCCACCGUUUAAAACUGUGGACUCGAGAAUGAAAUAGCAUACUGAAAUAUGGCAAGAGGCGUCAAUUUAUCGCACUGACGUCAGCAUUGGACAUUUGUGGUAAAUUAGGCAUAAUUUAUACAGGAAAGCUGCAUAAACCAUGGGUUCAACCGAAGGUUUUCCAAACAACCUUUUUGAUUUCUGGCCAAUGACUUUCUGCUAUGAACAUCUCAAUUCUGUCUAUUAGGAGGUAAGAUUUUGGAUGUGAUCAGCUUACCAAAAACUCUCUGUUUCCCCAGGUUUCCUGUGUUUAGAAUUUUAUUUAAAGUUGCCAAGCAAUAUAAAAAUCACUAAAAAGCAAUAAAUCAGGUUGGUACUAUCAAUUUAAAUUUUUUUGUCACAAUAUUCAGAUGACAUGGGAUAAUUUCAGCUCUUUUGAGACAAUAGGCAUUCCCAAAUUUGGGAAGCAUGGUAAGAGAUUUUACUCAGGUACAGACAGGUAAUUUGCAGCUACUGUAUAUGCUUGAAAAGUCCAAAUUGAAAGUGUUGCAUUAAAACAUACCACUGCAGACAAAUAAAGCAACUAAUCCCAUUUCUGCAAACUAUUUCGAAAUUUGAUUUGUCUUUAUUUAUAACUUAAUAUUUUACAAUAUUGCAUAAAUGUGGUAUACAUGAAUAUAAAAGGUCUAAUUUACACUUUGUUCAGAAUUAUAUUCAGAUAAUAAAUACAAUCAAUCGAACUGUGUUGAACACUGGCAUUGUAGAAGACUCAUUUGAUUGGAUGAAUACUAGAAACAGUCUUAGAUACAAUUAAUUGUACCAAAUUGCAAGUGUUUAUUAUUUUGCUAGUAUUAGCAAAAAUUUGUUUCCGUUCAGAAGACCAUGGAAGGGAAGAAUGCAUUUAUAAUCAUCAGAUAACAAUAACAUCCUGCAAUUGCUGAAUUAUGGAAGUUUCAAAUUUAGUAUGCAUAUUCUGUUCUACUUUGACAAAAAGAAGCAAGUAACAAAAAAUCAAUUUCCUGUAAAUGAGCAGAAUGUGUCUUGUCAUUUACAAACAUGCCAAAUUGUCACUGCAUUGCCAUUAGCAUGGAGGAAAUUUGGCCAGGAAUUAAUCAUCAACAAUAUAUAAAAUGUAGUGUCACUUGCUUGCCUUUUUUAAAGGAGGCCAGUAUUAUUUGUUGCUAUAUUAAACAAUCUUCCAAUUUUGUGUACGAGAAAAUUAAGUCACAUUAUAGAAAUUUUAUGGCAGAGGAGCCAUGAACAUAGUCUUCUGUCCUGUUGAGGAAUUGGCAACAUACUACCGGGGCAGUAUGGUAUCCAAAAGCCUUGUUAAAAUGAACAAUACAAAAAUGUAUGUACACAAUCACCAUGUAGCUGUAAUUAGAAUUGCUUAUACAUGUAUUUUCAAGUAUUUGAAUGGAACUACUUGCACAAGGAUGCACUUUUCCUAUUAAGAGGUACUAAAGAUGGUUCAUUUGAAAGUCAUGAAUUCAAUGUUUUAAACUUAUUUUUGUUUAUUAUGUAAAUAAAUCAAUUUACAAGCA